UUUUUUUAGUAAACCAUUCAAUUUCUUCAACGAUUUCCGGUGGUUGUUUCAUUAUGAGCUUUCAGGAGUCUAAAUUUGUGCAAAAGAAGAGUGCGAAAUUAGACAAGAGUAGUAGUUUCGACUAUUCAGGACCUGUGCACUUGACCGCGGUGGAUUGGCAAAAUGCACAUCACCGAAGAUCUAUAGCUGCUAGCUUAGUUUCUGCUGCCUAUAUAAUGGAGCAUGACCGUCAAGAAAAUCGGCAAGGGUAUGAAGCUCUUGCACCACAAUGGUGGGAAUUCUUCAAUUUUCAACUAUUGUAUCCACUCAUCGAUACUAAUGAUUCCUCAAUCUUUGGUGCUGUAUAUGAAUUCAAUCCAAAGGCUUUUAACUACUAUCAGGCGGGAAUUAUUCCAAAAUAUGUAAUUGCAUUUAGGGGAACCACUAUCAAAAAGCAAUCUGUCUCACAAGAUCUGUGGUUAGACCUGAAUAUUAUCAAACACGGACUUCAUCAAUCAACUCGCUUUGGAAUUGCAAUGCAAGCUGUUCAAAGGAUGGUAUCCGUAGCUGGAGCUAGUAAUGUCUGGUUGGCUGGACAUUCUUUGGGCUCUUCCAUUGCAAUGCUUGUAGGGAAAAACAUGGCGAAAAUGGGUAACUAUCUGGAUACAUAUCUCUUUAACACACCUUUCAUUGCGGCUCCGACAGAAAAGAUUCAUCAUGAGAAAGUGAAGCACGGGGUUCGUUUUGCAAGCAGCCUUGUCAAAGCAGGACUCACAGUUGCCAUGAAGGGUAGCAAAGAAAAUAGAAAUCCAGAUGAUCUGUUUACUGCGUUAGCUGCUUGGGUACCAAAAUUGUUUGUGAAUCCAGCUGAUCUUAUAUGCUCGGAGUACAUUGGGUAUUUCGAACACCGUGACAGGAUGGAAUACUUGGGAGUUUCCGGAAUUGAGAGGUUGGCGACACAAACAUCAGUGACAGGAUUACUAAAGAGUGCAAUUGGAAGAGAAUCGGAAGUAAUACAUGUUGUUCCCUCAGCUCAUAUGACUAUUAAUCGAAGUCCAUCUCUGACUUUCAUGGAAGCUCAUGGGCUUCAGCAAUGGCUUAGAGAUGAUUUGCAUUUGCAGUCUAAGGCUUACCAAUACAGACUAUGAUUGACAAAUUUUAACAACAUUCUUGGUUGUGAAGUUAAGUUCAAUAUUUGUAUUUUUUGGCAAGCUAACCCACUCUGGAGA